AUAGCUCCGCCUGUCUCUCUACGCCUGCGCAGUACGCGUCAGUUCCCUGACCUGAUCACGGCGCUCAGAUGCCGUCGGAGAAGAUGGCGGUGGACGGGCCGGAGCAGAUGGAGAUGGAUGAAGGCAAAGGGGGGACGGGUCUCCGCCAGUACUACCUGUCCAAAAUUGAGGAGCUGCAGCUCAUUGUGAAUGAAAAGAGCCAGAAUCUCCGCCGCCUGCAAGCACAGAGGAACGAGCUGAACGCCAAAGUGCGCCUGCUGCGGGAGGAGCUGCAGCUGCUGCAGGAGCAGGGCUCCUACGUCGGUGAGGUGGUGAGGGCCAUGGAUAAGAAGAAGGUGCUUGUCAAGGUUCACCCAGAAGGAAAGUUUGUGGUGGAUGUUGAUAAAAACAUUGACAUCAAUGAUGUGACCCCGAACUGCCGCGUGGCGCUGAGGAACGACAGCUACACGCUCCACAAAAUCCUGCCCAACAAAGUGGACCCGCUGGUGUCCCUGAUGAUGGUGGAGAAGGUCCCGGACUCCACCUACGAGAUGAUUGGUGGCUUGGACAAGCAGAUCAAGGAGAUCAAGGAAGUAAUCGAGCUGCCCGUCAAACACCCGGAGCUCUUCGAGGCCCUGGGGAUCGCCCAGCCCAAGGGGGUGCUGCUGUACGGACCUCCCGGCACCGGGAAGACCCUGCUUGCCAGGGCCGUGGCUCAUCACACUGACUGCACCUUCAUCCGAGUCUCGGGCUCUGAGCUGGUGCAGAAGUUUAUUGGCGAGGGCGCUCGCAUGGUGCGGGAGCUCUUUGUGAUGGCCAGGGAACACGCUCCCUCCAUUAUCUUCAUGGAUGAGAUCGACUCCAUCGGCUCCUCACGCUUGGAGGGCGGCUCCGGGGGGGACAGCGAAGUGCAGCGCACCAUGCUGGAGCUGCUCAACCAGCUCGAUGGCUUCGAAGCCACUAAGAACAUUAAGGUGAUCAUGGCCACUAACCGGAUAGACAUCCUGGACUCUGCUCUGCUGCGCCCAGGCCGCAUCGACAGGAAGAUCGAGUUCCCUCCUCCAAAUGAAGAGGCUCGCCUAGACAUUCUCAAGAUCCACUCUCGGAAAAUGAACCUGACACGGGGGAUAAAUCUGCGUAAAAUUGCGGAGCUGAUGCCAGGAGCGUCUGGGGCCGAGGUGAAGGGGGUGUGCACGGAAGCCGGCAUGUACGCCCUGAGGGAGCGGAGGGUGCAUGUUACACAGGAAGAUUUUGAAAUGGCUGUAGCCAAGGUGAUGCAGAAGGACAGCGAGAAGAACAUGUCGAUCAAGAAGCUCUGGAAGUAACUGGGGGCCUGAACCCUGUGUGCUGGGUACUGGCCCCCUCACCUUUUCUCUAAUAAAGCUCUGUGCUGGCUGA